AUGCUUGGUCAACGAACAUCUUGGAAGGCUUGUGCAUGUUGUGGAUUAAUCAUUGCCGGCUUUUGCCUUGGACUUGAUCAAGAAAAGUCAUUAGGUACAUUAACACUUAUUGGUGCAUUUUAUGGUGUAGCAUCUAGUAUAUUUGUGGCAUUGAACGCAAUUUACACUACCCGAUGUUUGCCAUGUGUAGAUAAUAAUGUUUGGCGUUUAUGUUUAUAUAACAAUUUUAAUGCUUGUAUCCUAUUUAUUCCAUUAAUGUUUGUUUCAAUUACAAUGGUGUUUUUAAACAAAUAUUUAUUAAGUUCAGAUAAUGUUAAAUUAGACGCACCAUUAUUUAUCACAUGGUAUCAGUGCGUUGUUACUGUAGGUAUUUGUGGAUUAUUAGGUGUAUGGAGCCGAGCCAUGCCAAAUCUAUUUACAUUUCCACGUUUUACAAUUGAUUUUAAAAUAGCACGUGAUGUUCUUCCACUCUCUGUUAUGUUUGUUGCCAUGAUCACAUUUAAUAAUUUGACAUUAAAAUACUUAAAUGUCUCAUUUUACAUGGUUGGAAGAUCUUUAACGACCGUAGCCAAUGUUGUCUUAUCAUACAUUAUGCUUGGUCAACGAACAUCUUGGAAGGCUUGUGCAUGUUGUGGAUUAAUCAUUGCCGGCUUUUGCCUUGGACUUGAUCAAGAAAAGUCAUUAGGUACAUUAACACUUAUUGGUGCAUUUUAUGGUGUAGCAUCUAGUAUAUUUGUGGCAUUGAACGCAAUUUACACUACCCGAUGUUUGCCAUGUGUAGAUAAUAAUGUUUGGCGUUUAUGUUUAUAUAACAAUUUUAAUGCUUGUAUCCUAUUUAUUCCAUUAAUGUUGAUCUUCCAAGAAGUGCCAAUUGUUGCCGUUUAUCCUAAAUUGUAUAAUUUACAAUUCUGGUCAGCAAUGACAUUCGCUGGUAUUUUGGGCUUUUCAAUGGGGUAUGUUACCGGUUUUCAAAUACAAAUGACGAGUCCAUUAACUCAUAAUGUGAGUGGUACAGCAAAAUCCUAUGUUCAAACAUUAUUAGCUGUUGUUGUUUACAAUGAGACAAAAACCAUGUUAUGGUGGGUAUCAAAUAUAUUCGUUUUGGGCGGAUCGGGCUUGUUCGCUCAUGUAAAAGCAAUGGAAAUGAAACGAAAUCAUAGAUCCAACGUCACUACGUCACCAGCAACCGGACAAAACGGAAAUAAUUUACCAAAAUAG